AUUCAGCUGAUGAAUGAAUUCAGCUCUAGUAACGAACUAUUUGUUUAUUUCAGGUGUUUUGGAGAAGAAAUGCAUCCAAAAAUGACAGGGUAGUGGUUCUAAGCAGCUGAACCUGGGCAGCUGUUAAGAACCACUUGCGUUAGAAGUAAUUUUUUAUUGCUAUUUUAAAGCUGACGCUGUAAAAUGCUCCACACACCGAGUUUUAGACUUUUAGUAGGAUCGACUGAUAACACAGCCGAAGUGAGCACUCUUUCAAACGAACAAUCUUCAAACCGUAGAGAACCAAUCACGCUACAGCUUUCAGUGUUUCUCAUGUAGAGAGCCAAUCACGAUAAAGAUUUGGAGGAAGUGUUGUGGGACUUUUUCAAGCUAGUAAAGGACUAAACAUAGGUACAGCCUAAACGGUUUUUCAUUGCUUUCAAUAUAUUAAAAAUAAAAUAUGUGAGAAUAUAUAGAAACAUCACGAAUUGUUCUGAAGGGUUCGUAUUAAUGUAGUGGUCAUUUGACACUCUACACGUCUGCUUUGUCGGAGUCCCAUGCUAGACGGCAAACGUCAACUUUCCAAAGCUGCCUCUGGGAGUUGGGGCUCCCAGUGUUUUCAGCUUUUCCAGCAUGAAGACAAAUAAGUCUUAUAAACUCGUAGUGCACAAGAAAGGUUUUGGUGGAAGUGAUGAUGAGCUGGUUGUCAACCCAAAAAUCUUCCCUCAAGUCAACCUGGGAGACAUAAUUGAGAUUGCUCACCCUAUAGAUGACUACAGUCCUCUUCUGCUUCAGGUGAAAAGCUUAAAAGAGGAUCUUCAGAAAGAGACCAUCAGUGUGGACCAGACCGUAGCACAGGCUUUCAAGCUUCGUGCCUAUCAGGAUGUUAUUGUUAAUAUAGUUGACCCUAAGGAUGUAACACUCGAUCUGGUGGAACUGACGUUCAAAGAUCAGUACAUUGGCAGAGGAGACAUGUGGAGGCUAAAGAAGAGUCUGGUGAGCACAUGUGCUUAUGUGACUCAGAAAGUGGAGUUUGCAGGAAUCAGAGCCCAGGCCAGUGAAUUAUGGGUGAAAGGAGAAAAAGUGACCUGUGGCUACAUUAGCGAGAAUACCAGAGUGGUUUUUAGAUCAACGUCUGCUAUGGUUUACAUCUUCAUCCAGAUGAGCUGUGAGAUGUGGGAUUUUGACAUAUAUGGGGAUCUGUACUUUGAGAAGGCGGUCAGUGGUUUCCUGUCUGACCUGUUCACUAAAUGGAAGGAGAAGAACUGUAGUCAUGAAGUGACCGUUGUGCUGUUUUCACGCACAUUUUACAACGCCAAAACUUUGGAGGAGUUUCCUGAGAAUCUAAGAGGAUCCGUUAGACAGAAUCAUGAGGGACGCUAUUAUGAAGACUUCUACAGGGUCGUGGCUCAGAAUGAGAGACGGGAUGAGUGGACGUCACUACUGGUCACCAUCAAGAAACUCUUCAUUCAGUACCCUUUUCUGGUUCGACUUAAAGAAGCAGCUGGUUUUCCUGUGGGUUAUAAUUCCACUGCAGUGCAGGGAAACUACCUGGAGGCCAUUAAUCUUUCUUUUAACGUGUUUGACAAGCACUACAUCAACCGUAACUUUGACCGCACUGGUCAGAUGUCCGUGGUCAUCACUCCAGGAGUAGGAGUGUUUGAAGUUGACCGUCUGCUUAUGAUACUGACUAAACAGCGAAUGAUUGAUAAUGGCAUCGGUGUGGACUUGGUGUGUAUGGGUGAGCAGCCACUGCACGCUGUGCCGUUGUUUAAGCUCCACAACAAAAUGACACCUGGAGACUCACGUGUAGGAAACGACUACAACCUUCCCCACUGGAUCAACCACAGCUUCUACACAUCCAAAAGCCAGAAUUCCUGCAGCUCAUUCACUCCUCGGAUCAAACUGGCUGGUCGGAAGCCUCAUGCUGAGAUCCAGAAGAACAACAAAGACCACUCUCUUUGUUCUCCAAAGGACUCAGACAACAGCCUGCCUAUACAGGUAGAUUACGAUGCCUAUGAUGCUCAGGUGUUCCGACUUCCAGGUCCAUCACGAAUUCAGAGGAGCACCAACUUCAGGAUUGGUCGAGACAAAGAGACGAGUGGCAGGAAGAGCUGGGGCUCUGUGGACAUCAGCACCGGCAUCGGCACGUCUCCUCCUGUUCGCUCAGGGGGAACAGAGGAGCAGACGAGCCUGGCCUCUGACGACAGCCUGGGUCCAGUGUCCAACAUGCUGCUGAUCCCCCGGGGUCCUCCAGCGCAGUAUGAAGUCAGCAGCUCUCUGGGAUACACCAGCACCAGAGAAUUAUUGGAGAAGAUGAUGGACUCUCAGCGGGACUCCAGCGCCCCCGGCAGGUUCACAGUGGGCAGUGCUGAGUCCACCCUGCACAUCCGUCCUGGAGGCUACACUCCUCAGAGAGCUCUCAUAAACCCCUUCACACCAUCCAGAAUGCCCAUGAAGCUGACCUCCAACCGGCGCCGCUGGAUGCAUACAUUCCCUGUUGGUCCUUCUGGAGAGGCAAUCCAGAUCCAUCACCAGACCAGGCAGAAUAUGGCAGAGCUACAGGGCAGCCAGCAGAAAGAUCCAACACACACAUCUGCUGAGCUACUGGAGCUGGCUUAUCAUGAAGCCACAGGACGGCGAACAACCUCCAGGCAAGCAGGCGAGAACGGCCUUUACAUCUGUGGAGGAAUGGAAGAGUUCACGGGGAGUCCAGGGAGCAACAUCAGCUGUGGACCUCUGAGCAACCGAAGCUCCUCCUUCCAGGAGUUCUCCAGCGGUGCUGAUCCGAUGCCCAGCUUCUGCUGCACGGUGGGGGUGGACUGGAAGUCCCUGACUACCCCAGCCUGCCUCCCCCUCACCACCGACUACUUCCCUGACCGUCAGACGCUGCAGAAUGACUACACUGAAGGCUGCUACGACCUCUUGCCACACAGUGAUCUAGAAAGGUAAACAAUGUGACAAUUUAAAGGGGCACUAUUAUGUAAAGUCUGCUUUUAUGAGCUUUUUAUCAUGUUAUAGUUAUUCCCUCAUCAAAAA